AUGGAGGAGAUGAUGGGAUCGUGGGACAAAAGAAGGGAAGAACAAGAAGAAGAGGAGGAACAAGUGUUAAAGCUUCCAGGGUUUAGGUUUCAUCCGACCGAUAAGGAGCUUGUAGGGUUUUAUCUCUCUAAAAAAGUACUACUCAAGAAAUCCAGCAAGAUUGAUGAGAUCAUCAGUCAAAUCGAUAUCUAUAAAUUCGAUCCAUGGGAUCUUCCUCGCUCGACGCAUACGGAGAAGGAGAGCUACUUCUUCUGCAAGAGAGGAAGGAAGUACAGAAAUAGCAUAAGACCAAACCGAGUGACUGGUUCCGGUUUCUGGAAAGCCACGGGAAUAGACAAACCUAUCUACUCCGAUGGCCCCAGCAAAGCCGUGAUCGGUCUAAAGAAGACACUGGUUUAUUACAUCGGAAGCGCCGGGAAAGGAAGCAAGACAGAUUGGAUGAUGCACGAGUUUCGCCUCCCCACAGCCAAUGACACUAUCCCUGGUGGCUCCACCCACCGUAGCCCUACUCCGUCUUCCUUGCUACAUGCUGAAGUGUGGACAUUGUGUCGGAUAUUCAAGAGGAAUGCGUCUAGUAGAAAAUACACUCCGGACUCGAAAGAAUUAGCAAGUUGGGAACGCGUGAAGCCACAACAAUCUAAUAAUCGCGAAGCAGCUUAUAUCAGUUUUGGUGACAAUGAGAGUAGUACCAACAAGAUCAACGUCAUGGAAAGCAAAGAGAAUAAUGAGAGGAACGUUUUCCAGCUUCACCAAACGCCUCAUCCACACCAGCCCAUUCCCAUGGAGUACACUAGUAGCACACAAGUGGAUAACACAGUUCCACAUAUCUCAAACGAUAAUAACAUGGACGAUGUAAACUACGAGAACUGGGACGAGCUUCGCUCGGUUGUGGAGUUUGCUUUUGGCCCUUCCUCUUAUUAG